GGUUUGUUGUUAACGUGUUUUCGUGCAAUUUAAGGAUGAAUACAAUUCGUCCUUGUGGAUGCAAGGGUGUUCGCACCUGUUUGAGCUGCGAGCAGGAUUUUAAGAUAGCCAAGCCCUCGCUGCAGGAGCAGUUCCAGCAGCUGGACCCCUGGACCUACUGCGUUCACUGCGAACUUUUGCAGCCGGGUUGGGAUACAACUAAAGUUCAAAAAGAACAUGAUGAUCACAAAAAGGACGAAGGACUGGCUCUGCCAGGUGUCCUGGUGCAGGAGGUAUUCCUUAACGAGGAGGAGGGAUCUCAACUGAUAGCCGACUUGGACGCGUUGCCUUGGGACAUAUCGCAGAGCGGCCGCCGCAAACAGAAUUUUGGACCCAAGACAAACUUCAAAAAGCGCAAGCUCCAGGUUGGAUCUUUUGCCGGAUUCCCGAAAACCACAGAGUACGUGCAGCGGCGCUUUGAGGAAGUUCCCGUGCUGCGCGGCUUUCAGACCAUUGAACAGUGUUCACUGGAGUACGAGCCCAGCAAAGGAGCCAGUAUAGAUCCCCAUGUGGACGACUGCUGGAUUUGGGGUGAACGUGUGGUCACUGUUAACUGCCUUGGCGACGCUGUGCUUACCCUCACGCCCUACGAAGUCCAGCAGGCGGGAAAGUACAACCUUGAUUUGGUGCCGCACUACGAAAAAGAGCUAUUGGAACCACUUUUAAAGGAGGAACAACUGGCCAAAUAUGAAGGAAAGGUGUUGCGCAUUCCCAUGCCCAACCUCUCUCUGAUUGUUUUGUAUGGUCCUGCCAGGUAUCAAUUUGAACAUUCUGUGCUUCGCGAAGAUGUUCAGGAACGUCGCGUUUGCAUAGCCUACAGAGAGUUCACACCAAUGUAUAUCAACGGUGAAGAUAUACAGAAAGGAGAUCCAGUGCGGGAAAAGUCACAGCUUUUCUGGGAAGUUAACUAGCAAGCGGAUUGUGUGAUUAAUAAUGACUAUUGAUUUUCUGUAGAAAGUAAACGAAACAAGAGCUUGUGUAAAUAUUAAACCAUAAAUCUACUUUAUUAA